ACAGCGAGUUGUUUGUCAUGUCACAAUCGUUAGCGAACGAGCCAGAGAUAAAGCGGUCUCCAUCUUUCUCUCGAGAUUUCUUUCCCAAAGGCUUCCGUUAACUUCAGAGCUUCCAAAAAAAAAAAAAAAACAGGCGAAGCACCCGGAAAUGAGUCCAUAACGCGAGUUUGAUGAUCUGGACGCAGUUUCGGUGGAUUUUCACGCGCUGAGAUUCAACACAAUAACGACGUACGAGUGCGUGUAGAAACCAAAGAGACUCUUUUAUUCUUUACUGGGCUUGCGAUGAGAGACAUGAGCAUUCAAAACGGCACAGCGGAAAAUGGAGCUUUGGAUCUAGACCUUAUAAAUGAGUAUCUUUUGGAGAAAACAACCAAAGCGCCAAGUCAGCCGACGCUCCCUGGUCCUCCUCCUCCUCCACCUGAGGACCAAGACAUCCAGCCAGCUGAUCCUCCACCUAGAAGCAGGAGAAGCGCUCCAGUGUUGGUCUCCAGAGGAGCAGCGCCACACACGAGUCUUUCUGCUGUAAAAGUGAAACCAACAAAUCCAUACAGCUUUGACCAGACACCAACCACGCAGACUGAUGGUAUGGCAUCAAUGCAUCCCAUACGAGGCCACAAAGGGCCAUCUCAGCGACGUGGACAGGCGUUACCGCCCCAGUGUCUUCAUCCUCAACAGUCGGGAACAGAACUCCUGGAGCGCUUCCUGGAAAAGCCAGAGCUGGUGGUGGUGGAGCAGCCAAAGGAGCGUGGCAUGCGAUUUCGUUAUGAGUGCGAAGGACGAUCAGCGGGCAGCAUCCUUGGAGCCUCCAGCACUGACUCCAGCAAAACCUUACCUGCUAUUGAAAUUCAAGGCCCAAUUGAUAAUAUCAAGAAAGUGAUGGUCACAGUGUCUCUUGUGACAAAGGAUAUCCCAUACCGCCCACACCCACACUGCUUGGUUGGCAAAGACUGUUCAGAUGGCAUCUGUGUCAUCCACAUCAAUCCCCACAAUGCUCGUCGACACAGCUUUGCCAAUCUGGGCAUCCAGUGCGUGCGGAGGAAGGAACUUGAUGCCUCACUGAAGAGGAGGAGGGAAAAGAAAAUCGAUCCUUUUAACACGGGCCACUCUAAGAGCAUUGAGGACAUGGACAUGAACGUGGUGAGAUUGUGUUUCCAAUGUGAGCUGGAACGAAAGGACGGAGACAGGAUGCCCCUUGCCCCUGUGGUUUCCAACCCCAUCUACGACAAGAAGGCGACCACAACAGCAGAGCUGAAAAUCAAUCGGCUUAAUGUGGUCAGAGGCCCCUGCACAGGAAAAACUGAAAUUUACAUGCUCUGUGACAAAGUGCAGAAAGAUGACAUUGAGAUAAUCUUCAGCACGGAGGACUGGGAGGGCAAGGCUGAGUUUGCUCAGACAGAUGUCCACAGACAAAUCGCCAUUGUCUUCAAGUCUCCACCAUUCAGGGAGCAGAAUAUAUCCGAAGAGGUGGAGGUCAACGUGUGUCUACGCCGCAUGUCUGACCGGAUGGACAGCGAGCCUGUCAAGUUUACCUAUGUUCCAGACAACGCAGAUCCCUACGGAGUGAACCGCAAGAGGAAAAUAAAAUCUGACACAGCGUUCAGCGAGCCGUGCAGCGUUCCUCAAAGUCAAGACAUCAUCGUGAACGAACCCAGCAUGCCACAGCAUUUUGACCCGUUCUACGCUCUUCCCGAUUGUAACAUUCCCAAUGCUUCCAUGCCAAUCGCCGUUCCAGAUGGAGGCAUCCACAUGCAAUCCCAGGGCAUGGAGGAAAUUCACUAUAAUGAAGACUUUAAACAAGAGGACAGUUGUAUUAGCAUGGACCCAGAGGCUUUGGAAACCUUCUUCCAAGGCAUUUCCCAGUGCUUGAUUCAGCCAGGUUCAGAGCAGCUUCUAAGUCAGAUCCUUGAUUUCAACUUAAGUUUUGAUGGCACAGAUACAAACUCAAACGUCAACCAAACUAUGAUAAACAUGGCGUCUAUAAAUGACGCACACUUCAGUCAGAUGGUGAAUGAGAAUCAGGCCUAUCCAGCAGAUCUGGAGAACAUCGAAGGCCUCAUUUUCUCCCCUGUGAAGAGCGAGAAUGACCUAGAUCAUUGAAAACCACUGUGGACUGACUAUUGAGACUUUGGACAUACAGUCACUGCUGACUAUAAAAUCAUUUCGGACCAGGAAAAGACUAAGUCAAACUUGUUACUGACUGCCAAACCUGUUCAGCUGGUACUAUGACUUCCAGUUUUGGUAAUCUGUGCAUACUAAUGAAGUAAAUCACCUGCUCAGCAGCUGGUCUUGAGAAUGGACAGUAAACCGAGGCUGAUGAAAGGCAGGAGAAGCAUGUAGCCAUCGCAUUUCUAGUAAAAAGGGAGCAACUAAUGCUGCUCAAACUGCUUGUAAUGUGCCAGUUAUGAAAUGUGUCUGUCAUUUGCUAAUUUAUUGCUUGGGUUUCAGAGCAGAAGCCAUUAGUAUCGAGUAGAUGGUCCCAGACCCUAAAUUCACUAAAAUAUUUAAGUGUUAUAUAUGUAACAAGAUAUUUGUUUUGAACAUUUCUGAGCAGUUCAACCAUAGAGGAAUUUCAUUGAACAGCAUUAAGGGGACAAAAUUAGACAUUAUUCUGAAGUAGCAGUCGGAUUCAUUCAUGUAGGUCAUACCAAUCUGGCACCAUGUUCAAGCUAGAUGUGAUGCGGCAAAGUGAUUAAAAGCCUUUUUUUUCAUCUAAUCAUCCACAAUUAAAAUCCCCCACCAAAUCCUCUGCCCAUUGCUGGCCAUUUGUAGUUCCUAAUCAAAAGCAUAGUGUGUUACCGUGAUAUCUGGUUGACCAGUCAGCACUAUGCUAAGCUGUAAGUAAGUGUCCAUUCACACAAAAUGUGUUUUUGCAUUCUUAUGAGUUGCUUUUCCAUUGUUGUUCUCUGUAAACAUGCGAUAGAUUGACGUUUGAUUGUUGCGUUCGCAGCUUGCUUCUUUUGGAGCAUCUUGUGCAUGGCAAAAAUGCAUUCUGUGUGAAAGUCUCCUUGACUUGCUAACUGAAAUUUUACUUUUCUUACUGAAACCGCAAAGAAAGGGAAAUGUUUCAUUUGAAUUUGUUUGGCUUUGGUUGUAUAGUGUCAUAUGUAAUGUGAAAUACAUUAUGUUCAUGACAUCUCUAAUCAGGCACCAAAUAGAGUAACCAUUAAAAAUGGUUUCAGCCAAUGGAAUUACUUUGGUGUAUAAGGGGAUUGGAUUCUGUUGGGGACUAGUAUUUUGCACGACUACAAUGUUCCUAACACAAUUAGGUACUUUAAUCAAACAGUCAGCUGCUAUCAUGCAAACAGUUUAAACAAGAUUCAUUCAAUCGAUGUCAAUGUGAACACACCUUAAGAUUUGUGAACAGCAAUUUUGAGUGUUAUUGCGAUUUUUGGUUAGCCCCGCCCACUGAGAAAAUGUAAUUGGUCUACAAUUCCAAAUUAGUUGUAUAUUAAACAUCAAAUAUGUUCUUAUUGGCUGCAUUUUAGCUUUCACUGGAAACUUGUCUGGUUACGUCAUGCUGUGAAGUUAUACAGGAAACUGAAAUGAAUGUUGUCAAAACGAGUCAGUGGCAAAAAGAUUUUAGCGCUUUUAUCUGUGAUGUAACUACAACUUUAAGUGCACAUCAACAUUGAAGGAAGCUGGAUUCACAAUCUUAAUCAUUUCGUUCAUUUAUACACACAUAUAUAUAUAAUGUCUGUAAUACUGCUGUGGUUCUAAUUGUGCUGUGUAAAAAUCCUCCAAAUAUUGUCGCUUUAUGCUUCUUAUAGUGUUGUUGCUGUUAUUAAAAUGAUGUGUUUUGAAAAUAUGAA